GUAAGUGGAGAUUUCAGACCGGUUUAUCACCGACAGCGAGGACACCGGGGUGUGUAGCCCUCAUAUUCGUUUGACAAAGUAAAUAAAACACCGGAUUGUCACGUUAACCGGUCUGAAAAAAGGAAAACCAGACGCUGGCCAGCUUCAACAAAUAGAGCUUCGAAGAACGGAAGGGGGACAUAUUUUGUGUUCACCUUUGAGCUGUCAGUCGCGGCAAGGCGAGAGAAGGGAGGACCUCCGGCCAAGCGGACCCCCCAAGCGGCCCGGUUCCAUAUCAGCAGCCGAAUCAGGGGAGCGGGGAUCGGGAAAGUGUUGAGGCUGACAGCGGCCACUGCUCGACCCCCAGCUACAGAGUGACCUGCCUAAGAUUUGAUAAUUGGGAGCCGGGUCAUCCGGACAGAGACCUCAUGAAUGGAAAUCGGAACAGCAGGAGCCGUUGGAGCCCAAGCGCUCUUCUCGCUGCCACGGCGACCUGGCUAUGGCACCAUGGGGAAGCCCAUCAAGCUUCUGGCCAACUGCUUCCAGGUGGAAAUUCCCAAGAUCGACGUCUACCUGUAUGAGGUGGACAUCAAACCUGAGAAGUGUCCACGCCGUGUCAACAGGGAGGUGGUGGACUCCAUGGUUCAGCACUUCAAGGUGACCAUCUUUGGGGACCACAGGCCAGUUUACGAUGGAAAGAAGAGCCUCUACACUGCUAACCCGCUUCCUGUUGCCACCAGCGGGGUUGAUCUUGAUGUCACUCUGCCAGGCGAAGGUGGGAAGGACCGCCCCUUUAAAGUCUCCAUCAAGUUUGUGUCGUUGGUUAGCUGGCACAUGCUGCACGAGGUCCUGACAGGCCGCGGCAUGUCUGAGCCGCUGGACCUGGAGAAACCCCUCAGCACCAACCCUGUUCACGCUGUGGACGUUGUCCUUCGCCACCUGCCCUCCAUGAAGUACACCCCAGUCGGACGUUCCUUCUUCUCCUCCCCAGAGGGCUACGACCACCCGCUGGGCGGAGGCAGGGAGGUUUGGUUUGGUUUCCAUCAGUCAGUACGGCCAGCCAUGUGGAAAAUGAUGCUUAACAUUGAUGUGUCAGCCACGGCUUUCUACAAAGCCCAGCAGGUCAUCCAGUUCAUGUGCGAGGUCCUAGACAUUCACAACAUAGACGAGCAGCCCCGGCCUCUCACUGACUCGCACAGAGUCAAGUUCACCAAAGAGAUCAAAGGUCUUAAAGUAGAAGUGACACACUGUGGAACAAUGCGCAGGAAAUACAGAGUCUGCAACGUAACACGACGCCCUGCCAGCCACCAGACAUUUCCUUUGCAACUGGAGAACGGUCAGACAGUUGAACGCACAGUUGCUCAGUACUUCAGAGAGAAGUACAAUCUGCAGCUGAAGUACCCCCACCUCCCCUGUCUGCAGGUGGGACAGGAACAGAAACACACCUACCUGCCCCUGGAGGUGUGUAACAUCGUUGCAGGACAGCGCUGUAUUAAAAAGCUAACAGAUAACCAGACAUCUACUAUGAUCAAAGCCACCGCUCGCUCUGCCCCAGACAGACAGGAGGAGAUCAGCAGGCUGGUGCGGAGUGCGAACUACGAGUCCGACCCCUUCGUCCAGGAGUUCCAGUUUCGUGUGCGAGAUGAAAUGGCUCAGGUGACGGGCCGUGUCCUGCCGGCCCCCAUGCUGCAAUAUGGCGGCAGGGUGAGCUCUGAACACUUUAUGCCCCAGCAGAUCAACCCUGCGCUGUCGUUGCAGAACCGCACGGUGGCCACACCCAGCCAUGGGGUGUGGGACAUGAGGGGAAAGCAAUUCCAUACAGGAGUGGAGAUCAAGAUGUGGGCCAUCGCCUGCUUUGCCACCCAGAGGCAGUGCCGGGAAGAGAUUCUCAAGGGCUUCACUGACCAGCUGCGGAAAAUCUCUAAGGAUGCUGGGAUGCCAAUCCAAGGCCAGCCGUGUUUCUGUAAAUACGCCCAGGGAGCCGACAGCGUGGAGCCCAUGUUCAGACACCUGAAGAACACCUACGCCGGCCUGCAGCUCAUCAUCGUAAUCCUGCCUGGCAAGACACCUGUCUAUGCUGAGGUGAAGCGAGUGGGCGACACCCUCCUCGGCAUGGCCACCCAGUGCGUCCAGGUGAAGAACGUAGUGAAGACGUCGCCUCAGACCCUGUCCAACCUCUGCCUCAAAAUCAACGUCAAACUGGGAGGCAUCAACAACAUCCUGGUUCCACACCAACGACCCUCUGUGUUCCAGCAGCCUGUCAUCUUUCUCGGGGCUGAUGUCACCCACCCUCCAGCAGGAGAUGGGAAGAAGCCGUCUAUUGCAGCGGUGGUGGGCAGUAUGGACGCCCACCCCAGCAGGUACUGUGCUACGGUGCGGGUGCAGAGGCCCAGACAAGAGGUCAUCCAGGACCUGGCAUCCAUGGUCCGGGAGCUCUUGAUCCAGUUCUACAAGUCGACUCGCUACAAGCCCACCAGAAUCAUCUUCUACAGGGACGGUGUCUCGGAGGGCCAAUUCAGACAGGUGCUGUACUACGAGCUGCUGGCUAUCAGGGAGGCCUGUAUCAGUCUGGAGAAGGAGUACCAGCCGGGGAUUACCUACAUCGUGGUGCAGAAACGACACCACACACGUCUCUUCUGUGCAGAUCGCAACGAGCGGGUUGGGCGAAGCGGAAACAUUCCUGCUGGCACCACAGUGGACACAGACAUCACUCACCCCUAUGAGUUUGACUUUUACCUCUGCAGUCACGCUGGAAUACAGGGUACGAGCCGGCCCUCUCACUACCACGUCCUGUGGGACGACAACUGCUUCACCGCUGACGAGUUCCAGCUCCUCACCUACCAGCUGUGCCACACCUACGUCCGCUGCACACGCUCCGUCUCCAUCCCAGCACCGGCCUACUACGCCCACCUGGUGGCCUUCCGCGCCCGCUACCACCUGGUCGACAAAGAGCAUGACAGUGCGGAGGGCAGCCACGUCUCAGGGCAGAGUAACGGCAGGGACCCGCAGGCGCUGGCCAAGGCUGUUCAGAUUCACCACGACACACUGAGGACCAUGUACUUCGCCUGAGCACUCCUCCACCUUUCCCAAGAUACAACUCAGCCAGUCCCACUCAGAUCAGCAGGCUCGCCUCAUCAUGCAGGAGGGCGCUGUGCUGGUGCAGCUUUGGUCACUGAAACAAGAGGACGCCGGGCUGCUGAAGGAUAUCAUAAGCCAGAGAGGAGUACAGCCACAUUAUGCAAUUUGAAACCAGCCAAUCGUUUCUGUGCUCCCGCCCAUGCAUCCCCCCCCUCCACUCUCCUCUGCUGUAUUUUAAAUCAUGAUGGAUUCUGUGUUUCCAUUUUAAUGCUCGCUGGGCUUGCAAGUCAUGUCCUCGCCUUACAGUUUUGACAGCAGCUCAUAAGUUUUAUUUUGCUGUUUUUCGUUCAUUGUCAGAACAACAGAGCGUAGAGAGGUGAUGGGGAGUACAGUGAAUAUGAGUGAUGGGUGCGUGGGUGGGGGCCAAGCAGCACCAGUGAGGAUCUGACUUGCUCUGCAGCCUGUGAGCCUAAUCUUGCUGGUUUAUAUUGUAGAUUGUUUUACAUGUUUGUGUGUUUCAGCUUGUGUUGAUACGAUACUGUAUGUGUGUGUGUGUGUGUGUGUGUGUGUGUGUGUGUGUGUAUGUGUGUGUGUUUUUGUCUGUUCAGCAAAAAUGUGAUUGCCAUGGCAACACCUGUUAUAGUCGAGAAGGCUCGUAAAACACAGCUUAGCCCGUUUAUCUCAGAAUCGGCAAGCUGCCUUACCAGUUACUCUUCUCCCUCCCUUUAAGCCAAUGGUUACUCACAGUCACACCGCCAGACAAAACAAAGCGCAACUCUGCACUCUACCGAUUUAAACACUGAAUGAAAUCUUGAUAUCGUUUUUGAAUACAAAGCCACAUACAGCCAUUGUUUGAGGGAUUGUGUUAUCGCUUGAUGCCUUACUGAAAAAAAGGCGAGGGUGCAUUUAGAGGACUGUUAGACUACGACGCCAUGGCCAUGUAACGGACACUUUCAAAACUCUUUCACUUAGAGUUCGGCUUGGUACAUAGUGUUAUACCAAACUUUCCUUGUGUGUUUUAUUCCUCUUGCUAUUUAUGAGAUUUUGUUUUAACUUAAAUAACAUUCAUGUUCAGCAAUAGAGCACAGUGGACAGUUUAUAUCUUUUAGUGACCACAGAUUUUUUUUUUUCUUCCCAAUUUUUACAUGAGGAACUGACCAAUUAUGUUGUCAGGAACUCCUUCAGUGCAAUAAGGUGUUACAGCAGAGAGCGCGGGAUCUGUGGUGAAUGUUUUCGAAGAGUAUUUAAGUGCUAAGAUGGUUCUUCCCCCGUGAAGAUGGGGGUGUGUGUGUUUUGGUUGAGUUUGGGCAAGUGACAAUGAAUUUGGAUUCAGGAAUGUCCAGUAUUUGACAUUCUUGUGAACAAACAGGAUUGAUGCCACAGACUGGAUGUGUAGAUGGGCCGUAGGGUCUGAUGGUAUUUGGACGACGGGAGGAGAUGAGAUUAAAAAGUGCCUGAUUUGGUUAGAGAGUGAACGGAAGGUUUUGUGUUGUAUGUUGGUUUGGGUGCCUCUGUUAAUGCAUUUAGUGAAACGGUCUCAGAAUCUCAUUGAAGCAUACUGUAAAAAAUAAUAAUAAUAAUGAUUAUCUCUUGCUGCCCAUCACGAGGGUCUGGACAGCACGGAGGAUGUCUGCUUUGACCUCACGAAGAGGUUGUAAAUGUGAAUUUCCAAGUAGGCUUACAUCUGACCAAUUGAAGGUGGAGAUAGUCAUCUUGGCUGUGUGUCCUCACAUGGUGCACUGGUAGGACUCACUGUUUGCACUGUUCCAGUCAAAGCCUUCAUAGUUCAGAUUUCAGAGUUUUUAUCACCGUGUUCUCUUGUGUUUGUUUUCAAGGGGAUUAGGGCUGGGUAUCACUGGCAAUUUUUCGACACCAAUACCAGUUCAACACAUUACCAAAACAAUACGUUUUUUAUAAAAUGCCUUUCUAUUUUGGAUAAGACAAUGUUUCAUUAUGCAAUGAAGGAAAUCAUUUUCUGUGCUGCAUUUGUACAUACUGUUGGCUUACCAAACUACCAUCAUAACCAUGCUGUUACUAUUCUCAGUAAAAGUUCAGAGAAAUUAAGAAAAAAACGGACAUCUUCUUGCAAGAAUCCAAAUCGUGAAGCUUAUCAGUACCUUUCGAUGCCUUCAAACAGUCGUCGAUGCCAAAAAA